GGUCUUCCCAAUCCCAGCGCCAGUCUGCCCACCCGUGAGGCGUGAGAGGCAUGGCAAAGGCGAGGAGACGCGGGGAGAAGGUGUGGUGAGGAGGGACAGUUUCCCCGGACCAGAGAGCAGCAUCAGCAUCAGCAGCAGCAUCAGCAUCACAGGCAUCAUCAGCAGCAGCACUGCUCCAUAUCCUCUCUGAGGGAAGAAGCGAGCCUGCACCUCGGCCACUCAUCACACGCUCACACGCCAGUAAAACGAUGCAGCACCGCCGCCUGCGCGCACUGCCGCCGCCGCUGACCCGGUGCUGGAGCGACGAGCAGGGACGCGCUUAACGUGACAGAAGGUGAACCUGUAUCUAUGUGGUGUGUUGCACUUCUCUCUGGUCCCGUUCACAGACGACCGAGAAGAUGCUGAGCCGACUGAUGAGCAGCAGCAUCAGGAGUCUGGACAGGGAAUGCAACUGCACAGUGAGGCUGCUGGACGACUCGGAGUACACCUGCACGAUCCAGCGGGAUGCCAAAGGACAGUACCUGUUUGAUCUCAUCUGCCACCAUCUCAACCUACUGGAGAAGGACUACUUUGGCAUCAGAUAUGUUGACCCGGACAAGCAAAGGCACUGGUUGGAGUUUACAAAGUCAAUAGCGAAACAAAUGAAGUCUCAGCCUCCCUUCACCAUGUGUUUGCGCGUCAAGUUUUAUCCCCCAGACCCCGCUGCCCUGAGAGAGGAGAUCACCAGAUAUCUCGUCUUCCUGCAGGUCAAGAGGGACCUGUACCACGGUCGCCUGCUCUGCAAGACAUCAGACGCAGCUCUGCUAGCUGCCUACAUAUUACAAGCUGAAAUUGGCGACUACGACCCCGGGAAGCACCCUGAGGGCUACAGCUCCAAGUUCCAGUUCUUCCCCAAACACUCAGAGAAGCUAGAGCGGCGGAUUGCUGAGAUCCACAAAACUGAGCUGAUAGGUCAGAGUCCUGAAACAUCAGAGCUCAACUUCCUCCAGAAGGCCCAGAUGCUGGAAACGUACGGCGUGGACCCUCAUCCAUGCAAGGAUGUAUCUGGGAACCCAGCUUUUCUGGCCUUCACUCCUUUUGGAUUCACUGUGCUGCAAGGAAACAGGAGGGUCCAUUUCCUGAAAUGGGACGAGGUGACCAAACUCAAGUUUGAAGCAAAGACAUUCCAUAUAUAUGCAAAUCAGAAAGAGGACAGGAAGAUCAUCCUCACGUACUUUGCACCGACACCAGAGGCCUGCAAGCAUCUGUGGAAGUGUGGCGUCGAGAAUCAGGCUUUUUACAAGUUGGAGAAAUCGAGCCAAGUUCGCACUGUGUCCAGUAGUAAUCUGUUCUUCAAGGGUAGCCGCUUUAGAUACAGGUAUCACCAGCAUGUGUGUUACUGGCAAAAAUCGAAGACAUGUUUCCAUAUUGAUCCCCUUGGUGACUGUGCCUGGUUUGAUUAUCUUCAUCACCGAUCACCAUAUUUUCUCUUCUGUUUCCUCAGUGGAAAGGUUGCAAAAGAAGUAAUGGAACAAAGUGCUAAAAUUAAGAGAGACCCUCCUGAGAUCCACAGGGCUGGGAUGGUGCCAAGCAGAAGUUGUCCAUCGAUUACCCACGGCCCUCGUCUGACCAGCGUGCCCAGGACCCGACGGAGAGCUGUGCACAUCUCUAUAAUGGAAGGUUUGGAGUCACUUCGAGACAGUGCCCACUCCACACCUGUGCGCUCCGUCUCCCAUGGUGACUCCUUCAUGUCUUCCCGGGGCCACGUGAUGGAUGGCAGUGAGGCAAGCACAUCGGCAGUGAUCUCCGAUGAGACCUACAGCCCCUCUGACAGCGUGUUGCCCACACCAGUGGCAGAACACGGGGCAGAGACACCUCUGGCUCGCCACCUGAACGGCUCACCAUGCAGCAUCGAUGAGGAGAAAGAGUCGGAGGCGAGGUUAUUAAAGGAGAGGCAGGCGGUGGAUUUGGGGCCCGGCAGGAGAUCUCUAGGUGUGGUCAGGAGCAGGCCAUCUCCUUCUUCUGACGCUGAGGAGCUCAAUAAGUUCAUCUUAAGCGUGUUGCGUCUGUUCCUGGUUACCAUCGGACUGCUGUUCGCCCUGCUGCUGCUCCUCAUCAUGAUGACUGAGUCGGACCUGGACAUUGCCUUCUUGAGAGACAUCCGCAAGACUCCUGAGUUUCAGCAGUUCCACUUUGAGUAUUUCUGCCCCCUGCGCCGCUGGUUUGCCUGUAAGUUACGGUGGGUGGGAGGUUUCCUCGUCAGCAAGUGACGUGAGUGAACAGACUCGGUGACUGAAUACAGGCCUCCACUGAUGGAGAUGGGACAUUUACAACGGGCAGGUUCAGGAGGACGGGGAGAGGAGGGAUCUGGUUUCUUCCAGGAGGAAGAUGCCCGUCCUGAGCCAUGGAGGGCCUUGUCUAUAAUGUAAAACUACGAGGAAAAGAAAUCACAUUUUACUUUAGAAAAUUCAGGUCAUCUUGAAGUAUUUUAUUUUUACACAAAGUCACAGUAACAGGGUUUAAUUUAUUUAAACACUAAAACAAGUCUGGCAAACUUCACUUAGUCAGAGAUCAUAGUUGCCUUUAUUUUUCUAUUAAUUUAUAUGUUUUAACAUUUAUGUAAGAGAGUGAGUGUUGAAAAGUGAGUUUAUGUAAAGUUCUAAGAGGAGGCGAGAAGCAGCACAGCUUAGACUGUAAGAUAUGAUGUGAAAGUAUCACUUAUAAUGGUUUCAGAUCAUGAUGGCCUCUGUUUGGAGAUGGAGCAGCACGUGGUCGGAGGGGCGAGUGUAGGAAGUGUGAGCGGCACGUAUUGAAUGUAUGAAUCCUGUGUCAGAUCAUCUUUGAAAUAGUAUUUUAUACCGUUCAAAAGUAAAUGCAUAUAUAUAUAUAUAUAUAUAUAUAUAUAUAUAUAUAUAUAUAUAUAUAUAUAUAUAUAUAUAUAUAUACACACAUACAUACAUGCAUACAUAACAGUUUACUCAAAUCUCAGAGUCUGGUAUAAAAUUCAACAUGUGACAUAUUCAGUUUGAAUUAACUGCUAAAAACUUUGUUGCAAUAGCUUUACGACACCGCUGUGAUGUGGCCGCUGUCCUGUCGGCAGGCCUGAACAAUCCGUUCUGUAGUCGGCGCAACGUUUUGUGGUCAGACGUCUGUUAGGUUUGCUCCCGUUACCGUUUUUGUUCUGUUGUGAGAAAGGAUAAGGCCAACAGUUUAAUCGAAUUGAAUUAUAGUUAAUUGAUCCCUGAAGGGGACUUAUGUUGUUGCAGUGUAAGCUACCUAGGAAAUAAAAAGUGAAGAAACAUAGAUAGGCAUCAUUUUGUAAGCUAUUGGUGAUCAUCACGAAUGCAUUGGAGUGUGGUGUUUGUUGCCUGGCAACAACAGUGCUGAUGAUGUCACAGGUGGGCAGAUCUUGUAGGUCAUGGAGGUUGACGGUGUAGAUGGAAAGUAACUGCCAACAUUACAACAUCUGGGAUGCAGAGGUGCUCCUCCACGGUAGCAUGUCCACGAUAACGCCAUCUGUUGCUACCAAACACUCCUGCCCAAAUUCUGCUGGUAUUUUUGAUUUUUGUUUUAAGCCUUUGUAAGAAUAUAAUUAAGUAAAGGAAUAAAGUAAUUGAAUAGCAGUUGAAUAAAGCUAUUACUGCAAUCAGUUUCUCCGUGUGAGGCAUAGUUGUCACUUUGCAGUAGUUGCCGUUACAAUAGUAGUUAAAUUGAUGGGACAGUGUGAGUUAGUUCUGUGCUGAUAGUCAAGUAUUUGGUUCGAUUUUUGGCUCCCGCAGUCCGUAGAAGGGGUUCAUCUUGGUGUCACUUCUGUUAAUGUAAGACAUCUGAAAAAACAGAAAUCCUCUCCAUCAAGGGAAAUUUGCUUAUACCUUUGUAAAAUGCUAAAAAAAAACAAUUUAUUUUCCCAAAGUGUACACUGUUGAGAGUUUGUGUUUAGUUCAAAGCUUUUCCAGAGUGAUUCUUUGUUGAGUGUUGAAAUUUAUGCAUUUGUCUAUAAAGGCUGAGUAUAUUUAAAUUAUGUUACUAUUUUGCUGCAAACUGUCCUGUUGCUGAGGUUUUCUUUCAAAUGCAUUGAAGCAUUUUAAUUAAUUUAUUUAUUUAUUUUCCUGUGAAUAUGUGAUUUUCAGCCCGCCCUCACUUAAAAUAGAACCUAAGAUAAGUCGUGUUUACGUCAUCUACUGCAAAACUUCAUCAUCACACUUACCAAAGAAACCUCUGUUGUCUCACUCUGUUUGUCAACAGAUGGAGACUCUUACAGUCUUGUUUUUCUUCAGCCUUACUUGUAUUUUACAGACUAGCCUACAGUGUCUCCUUGUGGUCCGCAGCACCAGAAUCUUGUCCAAAUGUUUUCACAGCUAAAUAUUUGCCUCCCUUCAAUCCCACAAGUGGAUCCUCAGGAUAUGUGUACAUGCUGUGUGCCUGUGCCACUAAUCAAAAGGUAUACAACAUUAUGCUUGAAAAAAGAAUAUGAAAAAAGAACGUUUAUGCAUCUACUAUUUAGGUCAGUGAUUGAAUGAGGGACUUUGGUUUUUGCAGUGAAUAAUGUGAAAGGCUAUUCUGUUGAAAUUUAUUUAUUUUUAAAGAGGAAGAGUUGCAACAAAAAGCAUGACUUUAUGAGCCCUGGUAGUAUUAAAAUACACAACUGUGAAGGUUGCUUUUAUUUCUGUACAGGUUAUAAAUCACCAUAAGUAUUAAUAAUUCUCAGUUUUGGUUUUUAAAUCUGAUAAAUGACUACCGUGGUUUAUCACAAGUGUUGGGAGAUAGCGAGUGCGGAAACAUGGCCAGUCAAGAUUGAAAGAUUUGUCUUCACCCGCCUCUGCGCUCAUGUGUAUUCUGAAAGGUACAAUAUAAUCAAAUACAUUUUUCAGAUUAUGAAAAUGAAUUACAGUGAACUUGAAACUAAUAUUUGUCUCCAUCCUUGAGAUGUGCAGAACAUCUAGUUAAUCCCACCAGAUUAAAGAGAAAUCCUUCAAAUGCAUGUGUGAAAGGAAUUGUUGAACCCGUUCCUGAAUGCUUUUGAUAGUUUCGUGUAAAUCCCAUUUGGGUUUUUAAUGUUUGCCCUUAUUGACCUGAAGUCACUAAAACUGAUAAGGAAGUUUCCUUGUGCAAGUGUGUGUAAAUGGUUCUGUGUGCACCCAUUCUUAAUUGACAGCGGAAGUGAAACAGGUUAUUUUAACUUACUUACAUGAAGCAUAAACAGCAGCAGUAGCAUUUUUUUUACAAGCUGGAUCUCCACUUGUCUGACUUGUGCUGUUAUACAUAAACUUUUUUUAGUUUAAACAACUUGAACAUUUCCAGAGUCAAGACAGUUUCACCAACAAGUCACAUGUGUUUUCAUUUUACUGAAUUUUGUCAACAGGAACGAGGCCUGAGACGUUCUUACCAUAAACUUCCUUCCUGUAUCAAGGCUUGGCACAUGGCAAUAUAUGUGUAAGCAUGUGUUCUGCAUUUAUUACCUCCAAACAAGACUGCUUAUUUCCAAUCUUCGACUGGUGUACUCUAUAAAUAAAUAUCUUUUCUUUGUA